CUUGACCCUAUAUGUAAGCCUUGUCUCUCUGGCAAGAUGCAUGCUCAUCUCUUUUCUUUUACUGACUUUGUGACCUUGAAACCACUUGAACUCAUCCAUUUUGAUCUCUAUAGUCCUCUUCCUGUCAUUACUUACUUUAGAAUGCACUACUGGAUCAUCUUUAUUGAUGAGUUUACUAAUCUC